AUGGCGGCGGAGCAUCCAAAGGAAAAUAGCGAUGCGAGCUAUCCCUUCCUCCUUCCUUUGGAAAGUAUUGAUGAUGAAGAAAUCCAUAGCGAUACCUUCUACAAGAAACAAAAGAUUCGAUCCGAGAGUGGUACUUAUGUUACCACUAGGGUUAAAGAGAAUGAUGUGCCUAUCAAAUGCCCUAUGUUGGAGAGCAAGUGUAGCUUCUUGGAACUGGAUAUGUGUCAUAAUAUUGUUACCGAGGAUAUAAUCAAGAAAUGGGGCAUCUUGCUGGAGGAUUCAACAUUUCGAUUGUCUAACCAGGACAAGUUCAACACUAACAGUUUCCAUGGAACCUCUGAAGAGAAUGAAAUACUACUUAUGAACCUUGCUCGUCGUAAUAGAUGGAAGAUUUGCCCAAACUGUAAUUUUUGUAUUGAAAAGGUUCCUUUCAAGAAAUAA